UCACUCCUUUGGCCAGUCACGGGGCCAAAACCAGUGUUUGGAGCCACAGUGUGGCGGUGGAGGCAGCAGCAAUGGGAGGCCAUACAGCAACCUAUGACAAAAUGGAAACCAGCAGGAGAGCGUGAGGAGACCUGAAAGUGGCACAUGGCAGAGUGGGGAGCAAUGGGAGGCGGUACAGGGACCCAGGUCACACUGUGGGCCCAGCAGCAGCGUGACCAGGCGGUACGGGGGCCCAUGGCCGAUAUGGGGCUUGGUGGCACCUAUGGAAGGCCUGUAAUCUGCCAGCAACCUAUGACAAAAUGGACAACCGCAGGAGUGUGAGGAGAUUUCAAAGUGGCACAUGGCAGAGUGGAAGCAAUGGGAGGCCGUACAGGGACCCAGGUCACACUGUGGGACCAGCAU